AUGAACUUCCACGACGUCCACACGCUGCAGCAGGCGCUGGAUGUCGCCCCGCUGCCUCGUCUUCGCACGGCACAAGACCGUACGUAUCACGCUGAGCGGCAGAACCGCCUCCUCGUCGCCCAUGAGGACGAGCGGGUCAUGGCGGAGUGGCGCCAGCACCACCCGGAGGACGUCACCUACGAGCAAGCCUACUGGGCAAGGCGCCGCGAGGAGGAGACGCAAAGGCGCCGCGCUGAGUGGUUGGACAGGCGUCGGCGGAAGGCCCUGGCGCUAUCCCAGUGCGAAAUCGUUGAGAAUGGUGGUGAGACGAUCUUUGCGUCUUAUGAUGAUCGUUGGGAAGACAUGUGGCUCGAUACCUCGGACCAGACCAACGAGGAUGGCGACGAUGACGAUGACGACGACUGGGAGUAG